AUGGCGUCGCAGCACCACUACACCAACAGCAGCAUUCUCGAAGAGCCCAGCCUCGGGAUGGCGUCGUCUAUCGCCAGCGACGACACGAUCAUCAUCAUGCAGUCGACCCGCGGCGGCAGCAGUGACAGCUUUGACUACGCGCUCAAGACCAAAACCGGUCCGCGACACGUCUAG